UUCUAUCAAAACGUCUUUUUGUCUUGUUUUUACUCACUUUUCAUUUGGUUUCCAAAAAUAACCAUCAAAGUUUUUAUUUUGAUGGCCCCAUUUCAAAAAUGAUCACAUUGUCAGUAGUGCUUUACAUACAAAGUUACCGAAAUUUGAAUUUUUUUUUUCAUUAUUCUGCUACACAAUAGCCUGCUUAUUUAUGUUGUAAACCCCUGUGUUUCAAUGUUGAUCUAGACUAUCUGUGUCCUGUUAAGAUUCUAAAUCAAUACUGUUUUAUUAUCUUAUAAAAAAUCAUAAGACAUCGAAAUAGAAUGUUAUUUUCCAGGGACACAUUCGAUGAUUUUUUUGAACCGAUUAACAAGAUGGUUUCAUAAGGUUGCAUGGGGCACCUGUAGUCUAUAGAUGUAGUACAUAUGCUCUCACCAGACAUCACAGGUUUGCAUGAUAAGAUGUAUUUAACCAACACUGAUGGAUUCUAAUUUUCUGGUCCUUGCUGACGCCAGUGAUAAUGCUCGGAAGGGCAGUUUGCAAUUGUACAAGCUUCCGAAUUAAGGUUAAAGGUCAACCAUCAACUGCCGAGGAAGCACCCAUCCUGAUAGUUGCGCCUCAUUCCAGUUUUUUUGAUGGGCUCGUAUUGUUUUAUUGUUCAACCUUGCCAUCAGUCGUUUCUAGAUUGGAAAAUUCCUCCAUUUUUAUUAUGGGAUCACUCAUAGAGUACACUCAACCUGUGUUGGUCAAGAGAGAGGAUCCAAACUCCAGAACAAAUACAAUAAAAGAAAUCCACAAAAGAGCCCACUCGGGGGGAAAAUGGCCCCAGAUAAUCAUUUUUCCUGAGGGAACAUGUACAAACAGAAGCUGCCUUAUAAAUUUCAAAUCUGGUGCUUUUUAUCCUGGCACUCCAGUGCAGCCUGUGUUAAUACGAUAUCCAAAUCAAUUGGAUACCGUAACAUGGACGUGGGAAGGUCCUGGGGCGUUUGCCCUGCUAUGGUACACACUAUGUCAAUUCAGAACAAAUGUUGAAAUAGAGUUUUUACCUGUAUAUACUCCAUCAGAAGAAGAAAAAAAGAAUGCUGCAUUAUUUGCUUCCAAUGUUAGAGCAAAAAUGGCAGAGGCCCUGGGUGUUCCUGUCACUGACCAUUCCUAUGAUGACUGCAGGCUGAUGCAGAAAGCAGCCAAACUCAAGCUUCCCAAGUCUGCAGGCAUUGUUGAGUUCAUGAAGUUGAACAAGAAACUAGGAUUGAAAUUUGAUGAUGCUAAUGAUUUGUUGGAUAAGUAUUAUGCCAUCGCCAAGGACAGUGGAGGAGAUAUAACGUACGAUGAAUUUGCAAAAUAUCUUCAUUUGCCAAAGUCAGAUGCAUUGGAGGAAGUUUUCAACUUAUAUGAUCGGAAUGGAUCAGGCACAAUAGACUUUAGGGAGUAUGUCAUUGGACUGUCUCUGGUGUCCUCUCCAGAAAACACUGAGGAUACCAUCAAAUUUGCAUUCCAGUUGUUUGAUGAGGGCAAUAAAGGAUACAUUACCAAAGAAGAGCUGGGUACUAUUCUACAUAAAGCUUUCAACAUGGACGGGCUUGAUUCAGAUGCUCUCUUUGAGGAAGUGGACCUCAAUCAGGAUGGAAGGAUCUGCUUUGAUGAAUUUUCCCAGCAUGCAAUGAAGAAGCCGGAAUAUGCAAAGCUGUUCAAGACAUACCAGGACACCAAAAUGAAUGGACAUGAAAAACAGGAAUAAGAAAAUUUUUUUUUUUUAAUUUUGCGAGUAAUUGUACAUGUAGUAUUGGUUGAUAUAAUGGAGCUGGUGCUGAAUCUUUCAGUUUUGUUAAAUUAUACUUUGUUUAGACAGUAUUACAUAUUACUAAUUUAAAGGUUGCUUGUGUGACAAUGUCAUGGGGUUUUAAAAUUUUGAUUAAGGUUUUUAUGAUUUUUGUUAGACAGUAUAAUCUACAAAAAUGGAGCACAUUUCAAAUGGUACUGUAGGUGACCUUUUCUUUGAAAACAAAAUGGAACUUAUAUUCACAAUUUUUAGUAUGUAGCAUAGGUGCUGUAAAAUGCCUUCUGUAGAUAUCAAAAGAUAAAAAAACACUGGGUGCUUUAUUUGUAUGUAUAUUUUUGCUAUUGAUAACGUGACAUCAGAAAAUUUCAAUUUAUUAUAUAUAAUUUUGUGCAUGGUCACUUUUAUAAAGAAAUAUGUAGAAUUUUAUGAGAAAGAUAUAUGUACAUGUACCACAAGUAUAAGCAGACCUGCUAUAGAAUUAUCUGGACAUAUUUUGCAAAUUGGUGACAAUUACACACUGGAUACCUGCUUUGCAAACAUGAAUAUCAGAAAGCUUUUGUGCAAGAUGAUAGUAUAUAGUUUUGAUAGCAUUAUUUUGUUUUGCUGUUAUGAUUUUUUUUUUCUUUUUUUCUUCAGAGAGAUCUCACUUGAUAGAUUUUGACAUAUAUCACAAUUGAUUAAUGUAUUCAGAUUUUCAUCACUUUCUGAUUUGGUUAUGUUGUGGAGUCUCAUUGUAUGUUCCUUUCUUUCCAUUUUGCUUUUAUGCUUGCUCUGUAUGAUAACAUUUAAUAUCACCUUAGAAAUGAUUUUAAUAAUGUUUUGAAUGAAUUUGGGCUUAUUUGAUGGUUGAAAUAGAACUGAAAUACUUCUAGGCUAUUGUUUAAUCGUCCCAAUCUUUAGGCUUCUUAGUUUUAUAUUAUACAGUUUUGUAUUGCUUUGAUAAGUGUUCAGUGUACAUUUACCUACAAAUCUGCAUUUAUUGUCAUUGUGGUGAAAUUAUAAAUAUCUUUUGCCAUCACUGAUGGCAAAGCACCCCCUGAUGACAGUGUUUAAAGGAUGCAACAUACACAGCAGGUGUACCAUGGUCUCUGCUAUUGUCAGUAGCCAGUACUCCUGACAUGGUGUAAACUGACAAUAGGCCCAUAUUGAAUGUGGUUUACAAGGUGGCUCAAGUCCGAAAGAAAUCUGAUUAUAUAGGGUGAUAUAAUUCAUGACCUACAAUGGCCGUAUGUAGAUUUUUGAAUACAUGUGUACUAGUAUUUGUAUGGAACCUUAACAUGCCAAUAUGAUUGUGCAGUCGUGAAAUGUAUAAUGUUUCUUUCUUUUGUCUAACAUAUAUUUUUCUUUCCAAUGUCUAGUCAUUAUUCAUAUGCGAGCUCAAUUUAAAGAAAAUUGUGUUGGCACCUGUGCUUAUGUGGGAUGUAUGUGCAAUGUGGAUAAUUUAAUUAUAUUUAGAAAACCUUUAAAAAGGGUUUGGUGUACAUGUAGUGUCUGUGGUUUAUUACAUUUCAGUUAUAUGUAUGUAUGUUAUGAAUGGAGGGAGUGAACAGGAUAACAGUCAACUGUUUGUGGCGUCACUAUCAAAUCUAGAGCAACAAAUCCACAUCAGGUUGUCUUUCCUUGUCUUGAAAUAGGGAAAGUAGUUAAAAAAAACCCGUAACAGCAUAAAUUCUUAUUUGUUGGCCACAUUGAUGGUCUUCUGUAAUACUGUGGAAUCAUUUAAAGCUGUGGAGGUCAAUUUUUGUGGUUUACCACAUUUUUACAAGUCUGGGGGGAUGAAAUGUAAUGAAUUUAAUUUUAUAAAGUAUGAAUAGAAAUUAAAUCAUAAUAUACUGAAGAUGUGAAUAAAAAAAAACAACCUGAACUUUAUUUAUUUUACAACGAUUGAUAAAUAAAUUCUACAACUUAUAUUAAUAUCUUUUGUUGAUGCGGAUGUUAGCGAGAGGGAGUCAUUGAUGGGAGGAAGGUGUACUGCCCAAAGAAAACAUAAAUGUCCAAGCGUUUAAAUUAAAAGGUGAUGGGUAAAUUCGUAGUUGAUUGUUACAUGUGAAUCCUCAAAAGUUGAUCCACCAUGACUAUUAAAUGAUUCUGCAAUAACUUUUUAAUGUAUGUAAGUUUUCAAUGUCAAUCAAUAUAAAAUAUUAGCAGAGGCCAGCAGUAAUUAUUUGUGGUGAUUUGUUAAGUUUUGUUUAGAUUUUGUUUCUUAACCUAGCUACUUAGAAAUUUUUAUCUGAUGUUCCUUUAUUUGCAGUCAAAGAUUAUUUUAUCUCUAGAUAAAAGGAUUUGAUUAAAAAAACAACAACAAAAAAUGAAACUUUUUCAAAAAAUUGAAUACAAUAAGUUUUACAUUUGAUUUAUUAUUCAAAGCAGAAAAUGGAGAAGCUUUUUAAAGUCGAACUCUUCCACAUUUUGUUUAAAAAGAUUGAGUGUGGCUGUCUACUUAUUUUAUAAAGUUUUAUUUGUCAUGGUAAGGUCAUAGACUUAUCAACUACAUGUAUUAUUUUGACAAUAAUUUUAUUUUUAACAUUUUCUCUUACUUAUUUAACUUUCUAUAAAUAGAUAUUUUUAUUUCUACACCAAAAACAUUUCAUAUAUUUUUGUCAUAAUGAUAAAGAUUACAAUAUUUAUGAUGAAAAGUAAACAAUAAUCAUACAACAAAUUUCAUUAUACUUCUAAAAAAUAAAAUCUUACAUGUAUAUGUAUUUCAUAUAAGAAAUAUUUAUCAUGUAGAUUGAUAAACAUUUAUACUCAAAACAUUUUUGGUACAUAUUUCCAUGUCAUACUGAGUAAAAUGUGUGGAAAGUACUGGAUGCAACAAUGAAUUUGCUUAAAAGUAUUGCAUGUACUUGCAUGUAUUUACUAAGUACAGUUUUACAGAAAUAAUUUUUUCCUCAGGGCCAAAGGACUUGAGGUCUCCGUACAUGUCAUUUGUCUACGAUUUAUCUUCUGUAUAAGCUGUGUCCAUUUUCAUGUUAUAUUGAUAUUAGUUACUCUACUGCCUGUGCAUAUUUUGACUUUCAUGAUCUGUGAUUUUUAUUCAUGAUAUUUUGGAAGAAUAAAAAACAUUCAGUUAUAGAUGCA